CCGUGGCCACCAACAGAUCCCGUUGCCCAGCACUUGUUAUGGCCUUGGCUUUUGCAACCUUUUUCCACCUAACUCUCCCACACUAUAAAUCGUCCCAACAUCCCAUUCCAAUCCGGGAACUGCAGCCCUCUGCCUGCGCGCAUCAGGAAAGGAGGCGGCUUGUUACGCACUCACGCGGGGGCGCAAAUCAAGGCGGCUACGAGAAGAGAGGAGGAGGCGGCGGCAGCCAGGGAACAGAAGGAGAGCAAAUCCAGACAGACAUCAGAGAGAGAGCAGCAUGGAGAGCUCAAUCUCGAGGACGAGUCUGAAUUGCAUCAGCCUGGCGGACCCGGAGAUCCAGAAAUCGGUCGCGCUCCUCAAGCAGGCGUGCCUGGAUUCAGGCUUCUUCUAUGUUGUGGAUCAUGGGAUAAGCCAGGAGUUCAUGGAUGAGGUUUUUGCCCACAGCAAGAAGUUCUUUGACCUACCCCACAGUGAGAAAAUGAAGCUUCUCCGAGAUGAGAAGAAUCGAGGGUAUACACCCAUGCUAGAUGAAAUUCUUGAUCCAGAUAAUCAAGUGAAUGGUGAUUACAAGGAAGGAUAUUACAUAGGAGUUGAGGUGCCUGCAGAUAAUCCAGAAGAAAACAGACCAUUUUAUGGUCCAAAUCAGUGGCCUUCUGAAGAAGUAUUGCCCAAAUGGAGAGAGGUCAUGGAGCAAUAUCACAGGGAGGCAUUGAGAGUGGCAAAAUCGAUUGCAAGGAUCAUUGCUCUCGCUUUGAACCUACAUGUGGACUUCUUUGAUAGACCUGAAAUGCUUGGCGAGCCUAUAGCCACAUUAAGGCUCUUGCACUAUGAAGGUGGACAAAAGACAGAUCAAGUGUCAAAUCCUGCAAAGGGUGUUUAUGGAGCAGGUGCCCAUUCAGACUAUGGCCUGAUAACUCUCCUAGCAACCGAUGGUGUAGUUGGGCUUCAAAUAUGUAAGGACAGAAAUGCUCAGCCCCAAGUAUGGGAAUAUGUAGCUCCUGUGAAAGGAGGCUUUAUUGUCAACCUUGGUGAUAUGCUUGAAAGGUGGAGUAACUGCAUUUUCAGGUCAACCUUACAUCGAGUGGUCCUAGAUGGACGAGAACGCUACUCAAUAGCCUACUUUGUGGAACCGAGCCACGAUUGCGUAGUCGAGUGCCUGCCAACCUGCAAAUCCGAAGCAAAUCCUCCAAAGUAAGUCCAAGUUCCUUCAGGUUCCCUCCAAUCACUUGCUCUGCAUACCUGUCCCAGCGCUAUAAGGACACUCAUGCAGAUCUGAGCUCUUACAGCAACAGCAAGGCCUGAAAGAUGCCCUACGUUUUUGUCACCUCUUCUUCUUCUUUUCUCUUUUUUUAUUGCCCUUUCAGCCACCCAGUAUGACAUGUAACCUGCAAUACUAGGGUGGAGGAUGGCAAUGUACCAAUGUCACUGUAUCAGUACAAGCAUAGUAGUUCUAUAGAUGCCGUUCUUCAUGAAUCAUGAGGAGAAUGGCCUUCUUUGUGCAUGUGUAGAGAAGUUUCCGAGCU